UUCCGUAACAUGUACACAAUUUAGUUUGUAGAUGUCAUUUUAAUGGCAUUUUGCAUGCGGCAACUCUUUCUUGAGUCUUCCAGAAUCUGAUGGCCGAAUUCUCAGACAUGCCCUUUAAUCAGACCUAGUUAGGAAAAGGUUAUUAGAAUACUGAAUUUGUAUCUGCAGCUGUCUGCCAGAGGCUCCAUAGGAAUCCUCGCACUUGUCGUCUUCGUGCAGUGACAGUCUAGGAGUUAUGUAACUGGCAUCAGGUACUGCAAGCGCCUGUCUGCGUGGGUAGGAGGACACUGUGCUCACGCAGAACUAGAACCAGGGAGGUGAGUUAGUCAGGCAUUCUGUUUAGAAGUGUCAUACACUGUGCCUCUUGCAGAUGUUUUCCUCUGACACGAGUGGGUAAAACUACAGUGAUGGGCAUCACCUGCUGUGAGAAGAAUGGAUCAAAAGGACCAUGUUUCACAGGUAGUACUACCACCUGCAAGAUGCCUCCCGCUGUGUUGGAUCCCAUGGACAUCUGGGCCGCCGAUACACAGCUCCCUCCAGAUGUCAAUGUGGACAUUCUACUCCCCACUGGAAUCUAUGUGCAGAUGAUGGUACCUCGGGAUGCAUCCAUAUCGCAGAUUAAACAGCUUGCAUGGAAACGUGCACAACGUUACCCCCUUUUCCACUUGCUCGUGGAGAUUGACUCCUACAUGUUCCACUGUGUCAAUCAGACGGCUGUUCAUGAAGAACUGGAGGAUGAGACCCGACGACUCUGUGAUGUUCGACCUUUUCUGCCUGUCCUGAAAUUGGUGUCCAAAAGCUGUAACCCUGUAGAGAAACUUGAUUCCAAAAUAGGGGUCUUGAUAGGAAAAGGUCUCCAAGAAUUUGAUGCUCUUCAAGAUAAUGAGGUUAGAGAUUUCCGUAGUAAGAUGAGGAAGAUAAGCGAGGAAAAGAUGCAGUCCGUGCUUAAUCUUAGCUGGCUGGAAUGGCUUAAAUGCACCUUCCCUCCCGAACUGGAGCCAUCCAUCCAGGACAAUAUUCAGGACCGACUGUAUGGGGGAAACCUUGUGGUGGCUAUCCACUUUGAAAAGUGCCAGGAUGUAUUUAGCUUCCAAGUAUCUCCAAACAUCACCCCUCUAAAGAUGACGGAGCUGGCUAUUCGUAAGCGCCUAACUAUUCAUGGUCGUGAGGAUAAAGAGGUAGAUCCUGAGGAUUAUGUGCUGCAGAUCAUUGGAAGGUUGGAAUAUGUGUUUGAUGAUCACCCGCUGAUACAGUUUCAGUACGUUAGGAACUGUGUAAUAAACAAGACUAUCCCGCGAUUCACGCUUGUCGAGUGCUGCAAGAUUAAAAAGAUGUUUGAAGAAGAGAUGAGUGCAGUCGCGUUGGCUGUAAAAAGGAAAACCUCUGCACCCCCUUUACCGCUGCCACCCAAAACACGUGGUGCCUCUAUGAUGUCUCAUAAUGUCUGGGAUUUGGUUGAACCUUACAAGAUCACACUGAUAAAGGGGAGCAAGCUUAACACUGAGGACACAGUUGUGGUACGGGCUGGCCUGUUCCAUGGCACUGAAUUGCUGUGUAAACCCAUUAUGAGUCCUGAACUGCCAGGCAAAAAUGAUCAUCUAUGGAGCGAGACAUUUGAAUUUGAGAUCUAUAUAUGUGACCUGCCACGGAUGGCUCGUCUCUGUUUGUCUAUCCACAAUGUGUUAGACAAGACCAAGAACAAGAAAGGCAAUAAAGCAUCCAAUCCGAAGUACCAGACCAUUAAGAAAGCUGGGAAAAUGCACUCCCCUGUGGCUUGGGUGAACACUAUGGUGUUUGAUUAUAAAGGACAGCUGAAGACGGGUGAACAUGUCCUGCAUAGCUGGUCUUCAUUUCCUGAUGAACUUGAAGAAAUGCUGAAUCCAAUGGGAACUGUCCGGACCAAUCCUUUUAUUGAGAAUGCCACUGCUCUGCACAUAAAGUUCACGGAGUACCCUAAAAUCAGUAUUUAUUACCCUCUUUUUGAUAAAAUACUUGAAAAAGCUGCAGAGAUUGCAAGACAAAGUGACAGUCUGAGUAUGGUGGGUCGUGGAGGAAAGAAAUUUAACAUUGAGCUGAAGGAGAUCAUGGAGAGGGAUCCACUUUGCCAACUGUGUGAGAAUGAGAAGGAUCUAAUCUGGACCUUGCGGUACGACUGUAGAGAAAACUUCCCCUGUUCACUCCCUAAACUACUUCUGUCUGUCAAGUGGAACAAGCUUGAAGAUGUUGCCCAGCUUCAGGCACUGCUGCAGAUCUGGUCCAAACUACCCCCAAGAGAUGCCCUGGAACUGCUUGAUUUUAACUAUCCUGAUCAGUAUGUAAGAGAAUAUGCUGUCAACUGUCUAAAGAGUAUGAGUGACGAGGAGUUAUCCCAGUAUUUGCUGCAGUUGGUACAGGUUCUUAAAUAUGAGCCUUUCCUGGACUGCGCCCUGUCUCGAUUUCUGUUGCAGAGAGCCCUGGCUAAUCGUAGAAUUGGUCAGUUCCUGUUUUGGCACCUGAGGGCUGAAGUUCACACAUCUACUGUGUCAGUGCAGUUUGGUUUGCUGCUGGAAGCGUAUUGCCGGGGGAGUGUGGGACACAUGAAGGUGCUCUCCAAACAGGUGGAAGCCCUGAACAAGCUACGCACACUUAAUUGUCUCAUCAAGCUGAAUGCUGUAAAGCAAAGUAAGGUGAAGAACAAGGAAACCAUGCUUGCCUGUUUAAAGCAGAGUGCUUACAGGGAAGUGCUUACUGAUAUCCAGUCACCCCUCAAUCCCAGCGUCACCCUUUCUGAACUUGUUGUAGAAAAGUGCAAAUACAUGGAUUCAAAGAUGAAACCCCUGUGGAUUGUCUACAAUAAUAAAGGCUUUGGAGGGGACUAUACUGGGAUCAUCUUUAAGAAUGGGGAUGAUCUGCGCCAGGACAUGCUAGCCCUCCAGUUACUACGUUUAAUGGAUAUGUUAUGGAAGGAAGCAGGUCUGGACCUCAGAAUAGUGCCUUAUGGGUGCCUGGCAACGGGAGAUCGAUGUGGUAUGAUAGAGGUAGUUUCUGCAGCUGAAACCAUUGCAGAUAUCCAGCUUGACAACAGCAAUCUUGCAGCAGCAGCUGCCUUCAACAAGGAUGCUCUACUCAACUGGAUCAAAGAGUACAAUGCCGGAGAUGACCUGCAGCGAGCGAUUGAGGAAUUCACCUUAUCCUGUGCUGGCUACUGUGUAGCUACAUAUGUUCUUGGGAUUGGGGACCGGCACAAUGACAACAUUAUGGUCAGAAAGACCGGGCAGCUGUUUCACAUUGAUUUUGGUCAUAUUCUUGGGAAUUUCAAGUCCAAGUUUAAAAUUAAGAGGGAGCGUGGACCCUUCAUCCUCACCUACGACUUCAUUCAUGUGAUCCAGCAAGGGAAGUCCGGGAAUACAGAAGAAUUUAACAGAUUCCGGCAGUGUUGCCAGGAUGCCUAUCUGAUCCUGCGCAGGAACGGAAACCUCAUCAUCACACUCUUUGCACUCAUGCUGACAGCUGGACUCCCAGAAUUAAGCUCUGUGAAAGAUAUUCAGUAUGUCAAGGAUUCUCUGGCUCUGGGGAAGACAGAAGAUGAAGCACUUAAACAAUUUAAACAAAAGUUUGAUGAGGCUCUGAAAGAGAGUUGGACAACCAAAGUCAACUGGAUGGCACACACUAUGCGAAAGGAUUACAAGUCUUAGCGAAACACCGAUGACCACUUUUGUGCCUGACAAGGCUGUCCUUAAAUUCCUGGCCUCUCCAAAAUGCUCCUGUACGAUGAACGAGUUGGCCGGUGGCUGCACGUGAGAUAUUUCAAAGCUUGUAAUCCCAUGGCAGCGUACCAAUGACACUCAGAAGAAAGAAGAUUUUCAAGAGACCCACCGUAAGAUGAGCAAAUGAGUGAAUCUGUGCAUAGUAACUCAGUGCUGAUGGCAGACAUGAACACCAAGACGGUCUUCUGGUUUCUGAUGUCUUGGGCUCCACGAAUAAGCGGAAAGUGGCAUUUUUUUUUACUUGUUAACAGAUGGUGGAACAGUUUCCCACCAGGCAUUUUAGCAAGGCUCUGGUUUUGCACAUUUUUUUUUCUGGCUAUUGUAGAUGAGCCCUUUUGUUUUAAUCUAUUUUUAAUCUGCAUCUGUUUUUAUAAUAUCAAACAAGCCAAGAGGCCCUGAUUUUACUUCGUACUGAAAUUUUACUCCCUGUCUUCCUAGUAAUUCCAGCUCUGCACUGCCACACUCACAGUAUUCUCUGUAUUUGCCAGCCCCUGGCUCUGAAGAAUGGCUGGACAUGAGUCACAGGGGAAUGCUGUGUCACAAUUUCACAUAUUUUUGGCAUUACUAGCAUUUGUCUUCCAAUGAUGUUUCAACUUCAAGAACAUUGAUUAGCUUUGCUCAGAGAGGUUUGCAAGAUCUCUGCCAUUUGUAAUUAAACGAUUCUUAAGGUAAAUUAAAUUGCAAGCUGUAUAGUAGAAAUCCUAUAUUCGCCAUAAAUCACUACAGAUGUUUGGUUGAUGCCAAGGCUUCACUUCCUACUGUUCACUCACCUCUAGUUGGCCGGUCUCCAAUUUUAAAGAGAGAGCGAAAGAAAAAUUAAGUCGGCAGCUACAAAUAUUGUAGCUGCUAAAUUUUAUUAAAAGGACACUUACCUGUCCAAGGAUCCAGUGCUGUCCUCACUUGGCUGGUUCCGGCAUGUUUACUAAAACAGAACUUCCCCUUUUUAGGGUGAGGUUUCACUUUAAAAUCAUAUCUUCAUAAAUAUUUUUUUUUAUGGAGACCAAAUAACACCCUCAAAAUUAAAGCUGUCUUCCUACCUUACAAUUAUAAUAAAAUGUAAUACAAUUAAUACAAUGUAAAAAAAAAAAAAAAAAUAUGUUUAUUUUUUUUUCUUUAACCUCUAAAAUACCAGCCUGUAAUAUCCCUUCAUUACCAGGCCAUUUUUCAGUUUUAAAUAUAAUGCCAGGACAGUAUCUUUUUUCUAGAAUUGAUUGGAAAUGGAAAAAAUCAUGCUGGUACUGAGGAGGUUAAAACACGGCACUUGGUAUUGGUGCAGUAGAUAUAGCGCAUCAUAAAAUGUACAGGUCACACACAGGAGAUGAAGGGGUUAAUGUGCAGAAUACACCGGGAGAAAGGGCUUAAUGUGCAGGGUAAGAUAAGUAAAUGAGUUCAUAGAAAUAUCAUAGACGUACAGCUCGCUUAGGCCUGGUACACACGAUAGGAUUGAUCCGCGGAUCCG